AUGAAAGCAGAUUGUUUAUUUUUCAGAGACAGCAGGGGCAUCCCUGUUUCUAAGGAGCACGUCCAGCUUGAGGAACAAUGGUCGUCCAGAGAAGCGAUCAUCCGCGAAAUAAAGAGGCUACGAAACGAGCAGUUAUCUUGGAUCACCAUGAACAAGGCAAAGAGAUUAAAGGAGAUGUCUGACUGGAGGCGCCGUGUACGAGAGUGGGAAGUCGACUUCUUGCAGCAAGAAUGGUUUGCUCGAGCGAACGAUAUUAUUUUCCCCCCCGGAACAACAGAUUUCAUGGUGAGUAAGGCGAUAGUUGAUCUUCACGCUCAAAAUAAAGUAGAGGAUCGAGGAGCAUUUCCGGUAGAAUGUAUUGGCCGCACCGGGGCUUUUGAAAUUCGCCAAUAUUGUGUUUGA